AUGGCCCGUAACGUCUCUCACGGCCGCGGCGGCGCUGGCAACAUCUACUCCGGCGAAACGCGCACCACCACCCCGCGAGACCUCAUCACCCCGACCAUCAAACAGGAAGUCUACACCACCGGUCGCGGCGGCUCCGGGAACAUGAUGCACAACGAUCCCGACCGGCCGGAGAUUGCACGAGAAAGCCAGGACGUCGAGGUACCGCCGAUGCGUGGACGGGAAACUCCCCAUCACACGGGACGUGGCGGCGCGGCAAACGCUUACAUCCCCACCCCCGACGAAGAAAAGAAGGUUCGCGAAGAAGAAGAUGAGCAGCUGCGCCGGGUCUACACGGCAAAAUCCACCAGGGAGCGAUCAAGGGAUGUUGAAGAGCGUCGUCGUGGAGCGGAUGCGGAUGCGGAUGCGGAUCCAGAGCGUGGCCGGUCCUCGCAGUGA